GGAGGAUAGAAUGGGAAAGUCCUGAGGGGGUUCUCUAGACCCAUAGGGGGCAGGCGGAGUCGACUGCCGGAGGUGCGGGGGCGGAGAAAGGGUGGGGACCGGCCCCGCGGGGGGCGAUGCGGUAGCUGCAGCGGCGGCCGCAGGAGUUUCCCACAAUGCAGCGCGGCGCGCUGUCCCCGGUGCUGAUGCUCAGCGCUGCCCCGGAGCCUCCGCCGCGCCCGCCUCCCGCCCUCUCCCCGCCGGGCCCGGGCCCCCGCCAUGGCUCGGCUCGGCCCAGCCCUGCCCCAGAGCCGUCGGGAGGCCUGGGCGCGGCGCUCGACAGCAGCCUGCGGGCCGCCGUGGCGUUCAAGGCGGAGGGCCAGCGCUGCUACCGUGAGAAGAAGUUCCGGGAAGCCAUCGGCAAGUAUCACCGGGCACUGCUGCAGCUGAAGGCGGCGCAGGGAGCCCGCCCUGGAGGUCUGCCCGCCCCCGCCCCCGGGCCCGCCAGCAGCCCGGGGCCAGCCCGCCUCAGCGAGGAGCAGCGGCGCCUGGUGGAGAACACGGAGGUGGAAUGUUAUGACUCUCUCACGGCCUGCCUGCUGCAGUCGGAGCUGGUGAAUUAUGAGCGGGUGCGCGAGUACUGUCUCAAGGUCCUGGAGAAGCAGCAGGGCAACUUCAAGGCCACCUACCGCGCUGGCAUUGCCUUCUACCACCUGGGCGACUAUGCACGCGCGCUGCGCUACCUGCAGGAGGCCCGCAGCCGGGAGCCCACAGACACCAAUGUCCUGCGCUACAUCCAGCUGACCCAGCUGAAGAUGAACCGUCGCAGCCUCCAGCGGGAAGACAGUGGGGCCGGGGCUGGGGCUGGGGCGGGGCCAGGGAAUCGGGAUGUCAUAGGCUAAGGCCAACCUGGGGGACCGUCGCUACCCCCACUCCCACCUCACCAUGUAACUUCCCCUGACUCACGUGUUUGCUGGUAAAGCAC